GGGGAAUUCUUUGGCCUGCCGGUGUUUCACUUUUCUUGUUUGUAAAAUUUUCGCAAGUUGAGAAAUGUUUGAACGAUAUUUGACCGCGCUGCAGUACACCGGCGACCAACCGGUCAAUAUCGACGAUGCAAAAGAGUUCCAUGCCCUGAUCGUAUGGUUGGAAGAUCAGAAGAUACGUCACUAUAGCAUUGAAAAUCGGGAAAACCUCAAGCAGGUGGACGCGGUCAACGUUUGGGACAUGGCAUACGAAACGUACAAGCGCGACGUGGGUAUGCCGCAGGAACUGGUAACGCGUCAGGAGCAACUAACGUGGCUGCUACUACACGCGGUCCGGUUGGAGUAUUCCGACAACGUCGACACCUACCGACCGUUGACGGGUGCGCGGAAGCUGGAGGAAGAGAAGCGCUCCACCGUGCCGGAGGUAAAGUCAACAAACCCCUUCGAUAGCCUCGACUUUACCAACGCCCAGUUUGCCGAGGGCGCCCGGAACUUGGCCGAUCGGCUUGGCAUUGCGUACCACCCGGAUCACCUCGUUUCGCUGCGGGCAGCGGGACGGGCGAUUCACGACUGUCUGAACAAGGAAACCCUCAAGGAACAGCUCGUAACCGGUCAACCGAUCGCGAUCGCUCAGCUUGGCACCGGCAAACCACUCGUAGCAGCAGGCGGUGCACGGAAGGGCGAUGAAGAUGUUGUAAAGGCCACACAAAUAUUGCGACUGCUGCAGAUACAGAACAUGCGCAAAAUGCAGACCACCAUUAACGAGACGAUCGUAACCGUGCAGAACGUCACCGCCGACCCGAAAACUGACACAGCCUUGGGGAAGGUGGGCGUUUAA